GAAUGAUUCCUCCCUUGCUCUCUGGCUUAUCAUGGACCUGCCUAUGGAAAAAUGGCAGUCUUACGUUAAGCAGAAAUGGACUUUGCUGGGGCCCACCAUGAAGGAGAAGUUGUGCUCUGCCUUGACGCUCCAGGAUCGCUUUCUUCUGGUCUCCUCUUUGUUCCAGCCUGAGGAUGAAGAGUAUUUGCAUCACCUGGCCAGGAACUACUGUGUGAAGAAAGAUCCUAGAAUGGCACUGCUCUAUAAAGCAGAAGGGAAUGAGAGAUUUCAGAAGAAGCAGUACCAAAUGGCAGGGAUGCUUUAUUCCAAGGCGUUGUCCCACACAGAGGUCAGCACUCCAGAAAGGGCAGUGUGUUACGCCAACCGCUCAGCAGCCCUUUUUCACCUGGACGAGUUUGAGGUGUGUCUGGAAGACAUUGGGAGGGCUCUGGCAGAGGGCUACCCACAGAGAUUGCACCCUAAGAUCUUGCUGCGGAAAGUGGAAUGCCUCCUUUGUCUAGGGAGGUCCCAGGAAGGGGCUGAAGUGCUCUCCGGUUUGGAGAGUGAAAUGUCUGAGGAUCAAAGUCCAGCUCCUGACAGCCACCAGGGGCUGCUCAGUAAACUCAGGCAGCUGAAAGCGAAAGCCUGCAAGGACAACAGCGCCUUUGUCCGUCAGCCCACCAUGCCCAGUAGUGCCCAGGAGGUCCUUGAGCCCUGGGAGGAAAACAGCAGGAUUUCAUGUGCCUCCGCAGCAGUGUGCUUGAGAGUCUCCCCGGGCAAAGGGCGCCACUUGGUUGCUGCCAGGGAUAUUCUGCCUGGGGAAGUCUUAGUGAGGGAGGAGGCAUUUGUGAGCGUCCUGCUCCCAGGAGAAAGCCUCUUACUCCAAGGCAGCGCUGAGGCAGCAAUGGAUGAGCCACUUGACAACGAAGAUCUUCACUGCCACCAUUGCUUAAGGCAGUUGCUGACUUCCAUUCCUUGCCAGGGCUGCAGUUAUGCCAAGUACUGUAGCCAGAUGUGUGCACAGCUGGCAUGGGAGAAUUACCACCAGAGAGAAUGCUCCCUUGGGGGACUUCUUCUCACGCUGGGAGUUUUCUGCCACGUGGCCUUUCGAGCUAUUCUGGUGGCCGGUUUUGCCGAGAUUUGUACUUUAGCCGGGCAGUCACAUGGAGAGAACUCAGGUGAGGCGAACGCUGCCAAAGCCUCAACUUCCAAGGAGCAGGACUCGGCCUCCUCCGUGUCUGGUUGUGACGCUGAAGGGCAGUACCGCAGCUCCUACCGAGCCAUCUUCAGCCUUCUGUCUCACGCUAAAAAGCAUAGUCCGGAAUUCCUGUUCCUCUGCAGCCUGAGUGUAGCAGCCUUGUGCAAGAGACUUGGAGAGUCCAGCCUGGCAGCUCUGGUUUGGGAAAAGAGUCCACCUGAGAGCCAGGAAGGAGCAACACCUGCUGAGGCAUCUCCUGAGCUGGAGAUCUUGGGGGAGGCCAUGCUGAAACAUGUGUUGCAGCUACGGUGCAAUGCACAGGCCAUCACUACGGUGCGGAAGUCAGGAUCUGGAGAUAAACUGGUUACUAGCAAGAAGCAGGUACGCUUGGCUGUGGCACUCUUCCCCGUGGUCAGCCUACUGAACCAUUCCUGUGACCCAAACAUCACCGUGACUUUUAGCAGCAGCACCGCUGAGAUCAGGGCUUUGCAACCUGUCGCCAAAGGGCAAGAGAUUCUCCACUGUUACGGACCUCACAAGUCCAGAAUGGGGGCUGCUGAAAGACGCAGAAAGCUCCUUGCACAGUAUUUCUUCGAUUGUCAGUGCCAGGCCUGCCUGAGUGAGCUGGAAUCCAGUUCCGGAAGGGGAGUAUUGAAAUACAGUAUCUUCCGUUGCCCUACCUGCCAGGCACCACUGCAGGAGGAGAAUAGGCUCCUGUGCUGUGAGGCCUGCAAAGCGCUGAUCUAUGAAGACGACUUGCAGCAUCAGUUGUGGGAACUCCGGCAAAUGACCAAGACGGCCCAGGACAUGCUUGAAAUGGGCCAACCAGAUCAAUCACUGAAGCUGCUGCUGAGAUGCAGGUCAGAAGCUCAAAGAUUCCUCUGUCCAGAGCACUUGAUGGUGGGCGAGAUAGAGGAUCACUUGGCAAAAGCAUACGCGGCCCUGGGGAAAUGGCAGACGGCAGCAGGGCACCUGCGUAGCAGCAUACAGGCCGUAGAAGCCCGUUAUGGGCCCUCCAGCGUGGAAGUGGGUCAGGAGCUCUUCAAGUUGGCACAAGUCCUCUUUAAUGGACGUGCCGUGCCAGAAGCCCUAACCGUUGUUGAGAAGGCUGAAAGGAUCCUGUCUGUGCAUUUGGGUCUUCAGAACUCCCAGGUCCAAGAGCUGCACAUGAUGAAAGCCUUCCUCGAAGAAGCGCUGUAUGCCUUUGUUGCAUCUGGAAGGUCAUGGUCAUCGCCGGGAAACCUGCACACCAUGCAUUAAGGCUCAGCCCAGGGAAUGGAGCAGGAGUGGGACACACACACCCCUUGUCAAUUCUUAGGGCAGAUACGCUGUUGCACGUGGACUCAAAGAGAGAAUCACAUCAAAAAGAGACACCAGGCAGUCACUGUGAUGCUGCAUGGCAAAACACCACAUUCCUUUGUUUGUUCCCAGAAGCCACAGAGUUUCCUCAAGAACAGUGACGACUGCAGCCUUCAGAUAUGUGGAGGAUGACAACUGGAAGAUGGGAUGUGGGGGGGGGGGGGUGGAGUCUGUUAUGCUCACAGAACUGGUGGUACCCUGAGCACUUAGUUGGGUGGCUUGGAAGGGUUGGGGGACCAUUUUUGCAGCAACAGCCAUGGGAUAGUCUGACUCUCGGGGUUGGAGGCUGAGUUCCCCCAAUCAGAAGACUAGAAGGUAUCUUUUAGACUCUAUGAUCAUCUGUCAACCAGAAGAAACUAUGCCAUGAAUGGGAGACUGCAGGUGCUGGUUUUCAUUUUGGGGUUGCCUCCCCUUCUGGCAGCAAAUCAUUGGCAGUGGCAAAGACUUAUAUCCCGCCCUGAGCCUGAGUCAACGGGGACGGCAGGAUAUAAGUCUAAUAAAUAAAUAAAUCACACAUACCCUGCAACGUACAAGGGACAGCUACUGAAAGGCUAUGUGCCUGCAUGCAUGCACACAGAUCCUGGCCCAUUGGACACUGGUGCACCCUUGGGAUUUGGUAGAGAAUGUUGCAUUUAUUGCCCUUAAGGUCACUCUGGAUGCUACAGGUGAUGCAAAAGACACAACAAAAUAAAGAGAAUUGUUGCCCAUACCCACA